AUGACUAACACUUCUAUCUUGCUACGUGAUCAGUUCGUAGAGAAUGUUAAUGACUCUGAUCUUCGUAGGGAACUGAAGAGGUUGGUUCGCAGUGAUCCCACGCUGUCCCUACUUGAUGUACGUGCUGAGGCUAUCAGAUGGGAAUUGCAGAGCUCCAGUGUCCAGCGUAAUGUUGAGUGCCCACCUAGCAGUUCCACCACCGAACAGCUUGCAGCUUUGACCGCUUUGGUACAUAAACAGCAGGAACAGCUGGUCGGCGGGAAACUAGCGCCCCCUAGUGUGCAGAGCCAAACAUUAGGUGGUGAUCUGGAAGGCUCCACAGACCCUAGCUCAGUUGAUGAGGCACUGGUGGCCCGUUUAAUUGCCCCCUGCGCCCAGGAGAAAUUGAAGUCUUGUCACUGGUUGCAGCUUCGGGCAGCUAAUGGGUUGGGAAUCCCCUAUGUAGGUUACAUGGAACCCGAUGUUGAGGUGUUUGGCAGCUUCAUCCCGAGGAGAGGUGUAUUGGUAGUCAGAGACCCCCCUGAGCAUGCCACCCCACCUGAAAUCCCUGGGAUUUUGGGCAUGAACAUUAUUAAAGCUUGUUAUGAUGUUCUCUUUUCAAAGCACGGCCCCAAGUUGUUUGACCUCCCGUCUGUAUCUGGUGCCCCAGAGGCAUGGCUGCGAGCCCUCCAGUGUUGCCACCAGGCCGAAAUUAAGCCCCCUACUCCCCUGGCAGGAUUGGCAAGGGUUAGGGGAAAGAGGUCGAUUCGGAUACCAGGAGGCACUACAAAAAUGGUUGCCACUACCUGUUCGGCACAGUUUGGGUCUUCUGGGUCAGUUUUGGUAGAACCCCUGACUUUUGAACAGGCUCUCCCUGAAGGGCUAUUGGUGUCUCCGGCCCUGGUUAACGUUGUCAGCGGCACUGCCUACAUCCCUGUUGUUAAUGUCGGUGUUUGUGCAGUAACACUUCGGCCCCGUCAUCCUCUGGGGCUCCUGUCACAGGUAGAGGUGGUAGGUCUGCCAAAUGAGGUUAGUGGGGUGGGGCCUGAGCAGUCAGGACGGGUUGCUACAGUUAGCUCCCAGGUUCAAGGGAUCAGUUCAGUGCAGGAACAGAUCAGGGCUCUUGAUUUAUCUGUUCUUUCUGAUGCAGAGCAGCACAAUGUGAGGUCACUGUUACUGAAGCAUGAGUCAGUGUUUUCUGCAUUUGGGGGUGACCUCGGCUGUACCGACCUGAUUACCCAUGAAAUUCCACUAGUCGAUGAUGUACCUGUGCGGCAACGUUAUAGGCAAAUCCCUCCGUCAGAGUAUGACACAGUCAAAGCCCACAUACACCAGCUGCUGGAAGCCCAGGUAAUUAGAGAGAGUUGUAGUCCCUACGCUUCCCCCAUUGUUCUGGUGAAGAAAAAGGAUGGCACACUGCGUCUUUGUGUGGACUAUCGUCAGCUCAACAAAAAGACCAGGAAGGAUGCCUUUCCACUCCCCCGCAUCGAGGAGUCCUUGGAUGCCCUUGGCGGAGCUAAGUGGUUCACCACAAUGGACUUAGCCAGCGGCUACAACCAGGUACCUGUGGCAGAGAGCGACAAAGCCAAGACUGCUUUUUGCACACCAUUCGGCCUGUUUGAGUUUAACCGGAUGCCGUUUGGGUUGUGCAAUGCACCCGGGACCUUCCAACGGCUGAUGGAAAGAAUGUUUGGGGCACAGCACUGCCAAUCAUUAUUGUUGUACCUUGAUGACAUUGUGGUUUUCUCUUCCAGUGUAAACGAACACUUGAGCCGCUUGGAUGCCGUUCUGAGUCGCCUUCAGCAGGAAGGACUUAAAGUGAAACUCGAAAAGUGUUCGUUCUUCCAGAGGGAGGUUGAGUACCUGGGUCACCUCAUCUCCCAGGAGGGAGUCUCCACGAGCCCAAGCAAGAUCUCUGCUGUCGCUAACUGGCCCCAUCCUACAAACGUUGCUGAAGUCAGGUCGUUCCUUGGCUUUGCAAGCUACUACAGACGCUUUGUUGAAGGUUUUGCAAAGCUGGCUGCCCCGCUGCAUCGGUUGGUUGCUGAGUUGGCUGGAGCGAAGAAGCGGAGCGAACGAGGCCAAGGUUUGGGACCUAGCUGGACAGAAAACUGUGAGGAAAGUUUCCGUAAGUUGAAGGCCUGCUUAGUAUGUGCCCCCACUCUUGCUUUUGCUGACUUCUCUCUCCCCUUCAUCCUGGAGGUCGAUGCUAGCCAUAGCGGCCUAGGUGCAGUGUUGUCCCAGGAGCAGGAUGGCAAGGUGAGGCCUGUCGCAUAUGCCAGCCGGAGUUUGCACCCAGCCGAGAAGAACUACAGUUCCAUGAAACUUGAGUUCCUAGCCAUGAAGUGGGCGAUGACAGAAAAGUUUAAAGAAUACCUGUGGGGUCAGUCGUGUGUCGUGUGGACGGACAACAAUCCCUUGUGCCACCUGGAAACCGCUAAGUUGGGUGCCACUGAGCAGCGUUGGGUUGCCGAAUUGUCUGCAUUCAACUACAACGUCCGCUAUCGGCCAGGCCGCAUAAACAAGAAUGCUGACGCCCUCUCAAGGCAGUCAAUGGCUGACGCUCCCACCGAGCUCGAGGAAGUUCUCCCUGGAACAGCAGUACCUGAUGCCCUGCAGAGGACAGCGAGAAGGGGUAAGCAGCAAGUUGCCGUGCAGGCAGAGGUAACGGCCUUUCCCUCCCGCACCCCAGCGGACCUACAGGCACUCCAGCAGGCGGAUCCAGCCAUUGGAGCCUUUCUUCACUUCUGGCGCCAGCAGAGGGAGCCAAGUCAGGCUGAACGACAGGAGCUGAGUCCCCAGGUGCAUGGGUUGGUCCGGCAGUGGGACCGGAUUGUGCAGACUGAUGGCCUGCUGUAUCGUCGGCUGUUUCGCCCAGAUGGCGGGGAGGAGGUCUACCAACUCCUGCUUCCAGAGGGUCUCAAGGAGGAAGUGUUGACGCAGCUUCACCAGAAUCACGGGCACCAAGGAAUCGAGCGAACUACUGAGUUGGUGAGGCAGAGGUGCUACUGGCCAAAAAUGGACCUCGAGAUAAAGGAGUGGUGUCAGCGUUGUGAGCGGUGUGUCCUGGCCAAAUGUACACAGCCAAGAGUUCGAGUGCCCAUGGGUCAUCUCUUAGCAGCUAAACCGAACCAAGUGCUUGCUAUAGACUUCACCUUGUUGGAGCCUUCCCGGGACGGAAAGGAGCUUGUGCUGGUGAUGACAGAUGUCUUUUCAAAGUUCACUCAGGCCAUUCCCACCCGAGACCAGAGAGCAGCUACGGUGGCAGAAGUGCUGGUGAAAGAGUGGUUUUAUCGCUAUGGAGUCCCAGCCCGCAUUCACUCUGAUCAAGGGAGAAGUUUUGAGAGUGCAGUGGUUCGACAGUUGUGUGAGCUGUAUGGAGUGAAGAAGACACGCACCACACCCUAUCACCCCCAGGGUAACGGUCAGUGCGAACGGUUUAAUCGGACUCUGCAUAACCUGCUACGCACUCUGCCUCCUGACCAGAUCAGCCACUGGCCUGAGCAUCUCCCCCAGCUUGUUUUUAAUUAUAACUCCACCGCUCAUCAGUCGACAGGUGAGUCCCCACACUUCCUCAUGUUUGGCCAGGAACCGCACUUACCUGUAGACUUUUUGUUGGGUUACCUUCCAGAACCGACUGAGGGGAGAGUGUGUGACUGGGUGGCAGAGCAUCGCUGGCGGCUGGAUGUUGCUUUUGACUCUGCCCGGGACCAAAUGGAGGCUGCGGCAAGGCGGCGAAAGGAGCGACAUGAUCGGGGGGUGCUGGAGGAACCGUUGAAAGCAGGUCAGUGUGUGUACCUGCGGGACCAUGCAGCACGUGGCCGUAACAAGAUCCAGGAUAAGUGGGGAUCAACUGUCUUCGAGGUGGUGAGACCACCUGAACCAGGCGGAGUGGUCUAUUCCGUAGCCCCAGUCUACGAUCUAACUCGUGUGAGGCAAGUGCACCGGACAAUGUUGAAACCUGCCCUGCCCCAGUCCCCUGGACAAAUUCAGGUUAGGCCGCUGCACGCACCCGAAGUGGCAUCGCCUUCAGAAGGUGAUGAAGAGGAGGAGACGGUGGAGACUGGGUUAUGGGUGGUAUUGACAGCACCAGAGGACCAUCGGCCCACUCCAGCUCGUCCAACACCUUAUCGGAGUGCGCCAGUAAAUCAACCGCCUGCAGCAGUUGCCAGUUCCUCCCCUCUCACACCGCUCCAUGGAGGCCCUAGCACCAGCGCAGCUGUCCCACGCAAGUCUGUAAGGAAAACGGCAGGGCAUCACACAAAUGUGCAUCGUCUCCCACGACCAGUGCAGGGGGAGGCAAGACACCAUCCAGCACUGCUAGGGCGCAAGAGGCUGCGGAAGCUCAGACUGAACUGGCGGGAAGUGUUCUUGAUCAAUGACGGAAACACAAGCCGCCUACAGGAGAUUUUAAAGAAGCACUCCAAAGUUUUUGAUGGAGAACUUGGCAGCAUGAAAGACAUCAUGGUGAAACUGACAGUCAAAUCAGGUAGCACACCGAAGUGUCUGAAAGCUAGACCUGUCCUGAUGCCAUCAAACCCAAGAGCAAUAGACCAGAUCCUGAGUGGGCUUCGAGCAGUCCAGUGUUACUUGGAUGACCUGCUCAUCGCAGGACCCAACGAACAGUCACACCUACAGACCCUGGAUGCAACACUGCAAAGGCUGGAGGAUUAUGGUCUGAAAGUCAGGAAGGACAAGUGUGAAAGCACCAUCAAAGGUGAAGGCUAUUGUGGAGGCUCCAUCUCCGAAGAAUGUGAGCCAGUUGAGAUCAUUCCUGGGCUUGCUGACAUACUACGCAAGUAUGAAAUCAAGUAUAGGAAGUCGGAACUACACGGGAAAGCUAACAGACUCUCGAGGCUCCCAUUGCCUGUCACUCAUGCCGAGCGGCCAAAAGCUGAGAUCUUCUACUUCAAGGAAGUGAUUGCUGCUCCAGUAACCUCGACUCAUGAACCAGGAAGUCACAAAGGAACUUCGAGACCUGAGACUUCGCCGUGCUCCAACAUCUCCUACGUGAGAAUGCUGUUCCUAGAUUUUAGUUCAGCAUUUAACACAAUCACCCCCCAACAGCUGAUCCAGAAACUCGGCCACUUGAGACUCAACACCUCCCUGUGCAACUGGGUGCUGGACUUUCUCACAGGGAGGCCACAAACUGUGAGAGUCGGCAGCAACUCCUCCAAAACCAUCUCACUGAGCACAGGGGCCCCUCAAGGAUGUGUGCUCGGCCCGCUGCUCUUUACCCUGCUGACCCACGACUGUGUGCCCACCUCCAGCAUCAACCACAUCAUCAAAUUCGCGGAUGACACUACAGUGGUGGGCCUCAUCACCAACAACGAUGAGGCUAACUACAGAAAAGAGACGAGCAAACUGGUCCAGUGGUGCAGCGGCAACAACCUCUUCCUCAACUUGGGGAAAACCAAAGAGAUUGUCGUGGACUUCAGGAGAGGCCGACAGCAGCACCUCCCACUGACCAGCAACGGCGCUGCUGUGGAGAGGGUGAGCAGUACCAAGUUCCUGGGACUGCACAUCUCUGAUGACCUCUCCUGGACUAACAACACUGCAUCGCUGGCCAAGAAGGCUCAAAAACGGCUCUACUUCCUCCGGAAAUUGAAGAAAGCACAAGUUCAACCCCCCAUCAUGUUCUCCUUUUACAGAGGUACUAUCGAGAGCCUCCUCACUGGCUGCGUCGCUGUGUGGUUUGGUGGCUGCACUGCCUCCUGCCAAAAGACUCAUAGUGAUCGCGCAGCACAGCCAGCAGGAUCAUCGGUGCUCCUCUGCCCCCCCUCACAGACAUUUUCCACACCCGCCUCACCAGCAGAGCCAUCAGCAUUGCUGGUGACACCUCCCACCCCUACCACUCCCUCAUCAGUCUCCUGCCUUCAGGGAAAAGGUACCAGAGCCUCCGGGCCCGCUCCACCAGACUGUUGA